CUACAGAUGUUGCCCGACUUAGCUGUCUGAUACACGGAUGUCGUCUGCCAGCGAUUGACAUGUUUACAACACAAUUUAAUGAAGACUCUCAACCUGACAUCAACAACCAGGGGUCGUAGGUCAAGUUCUGUGACCUUGUGACUGCCAGAAAAUACUUAUUGGAUGUAAGUAAGUAGAUGAUGAAACGAAACAAACAAAACUACGUGUCACGUGAGUCCACCAAGAACGACUGUGUCCAAUAACAAUGGCGCAAGACAAUAAGUAUUUAAUGGACCCCUAUUGAGUUAACAGAAAAUCACAGAGGAAUUUAACACUAUUAAUGCCCAUGUACAAACAAACGAGUAUGAUCAAUUUCAUCAAUCUUUGCUAUGGAAAAUAAUUUUUAAAACCUUGUUGCAUUAGCGGCCUGUGGUAUCGAUCUGUUCACAUAACAAUCGACAUACCCAUUCGCUCCCUGUGCGGCAUUGGGUCGAGCGCCUACAGUGAUGAGAACAAAGCUUCAUCAAAGAAAAGAGGAAAUGAUGCAAACUUUGCUGAAAAAUUAAAAGAUAAUCGUGAAGUUGUCUACUUUAUUUUGUGCAUCUGGAUUCAUUUGUCUUCGCAGCUGUUAGUUGACAGAGCAAAUGUUUAACAUCUCAAGUAAAAUGAUCCAUGUUUAAAGGAUUCAGUGCCACCGAAUCGGAGCUCCCCACAGAUUAUUUGAUAAAAACAAUUCGAAACGUUGUUUAGGACAUCUAAAAAUGGAAGAUAAUACUACGUCAUUAAUAACGCUUGAUUACGUCAUCCAGCAUAAACUACAGGAGAACAUCGCAGCUAUUGUGUUCACGUGCGUGUUAUUAUUGAUAGGGAUCCCGGGAAACUCUCUCGUCUGCUACGUGUACCUCCGCUGGAAAGAAAAAGGCUCGUCAAAGGUUUUUAUCUUAUCUUUAGCAAUCGUUGAUCUUUUUAAUUGUCUCAUUACCAUGCCAACAGAACUCGCCAUGAUGACAAAUCCUAUGAAUUUUGAUUUCAAUAUUAUUUGUAAACUAUCUCGGUUUUUUACCUAUCUGUGCAACACUUUCGCUGCGCUCAUCAUGGUUGUCAUUGCUAUAGACAGAUACCAAAGGAUCUGUAGCAGCAGCAAAAGGGGCAUGAGUGUCCGUCAUGCAAACAUUGGGAUUGUCAUUUGCCUCGUAGUUUCUAUAUUUAGCACUUGGCCUGCCCUGGUCAUGUAUGGAACUUUUACCACCGUGUUGGACACCAACGUUUUCGCUAAGAACUGCUUGGUUGAGAACAGGUUCCUGAACUCGCCAUUUGUUCUCUCUUAUUUUGCUUUUCAUAGCAUUGCAACCAUCACAAUUUUUACUGUAAUAUCAGUGUUAUAUUCGUUUAUUGGAAUCGCAGUGUACAAACGAUGGAAGUUUCGAAAGCAGUAUAUGUCCAACUCCAAGGACGUUCUUGUUCGACUGUCAAGGACAAAUAAUUCUCAAAAUAAUUUGACCUCCCGAGAAAGUACGACCGUGGACUCGCUAUCUGUGAUCAGGAACGUGAAGAUUAAAGACGUACACACACCGCCGGGUAUCCCAAAACUCAGACUGGAGAAGACAACCUUGAUGUUGUUUAUUGUGACCUUGGCCUACAUUCUGAGCUUCCUCCCUUUCCUGUCAUUGGCCAUUCACCGAUCUGUUUAUCCCGGGGAGUGGGAACACAUAUCAUACGGGGGUGAAGUGGUGUAUCAGGUGUUCCUCAGAUCGUAUCUCAUUAACUCAUGUGCUAACCCGAUCAUCUACUCGUUCUUUAACUCACUUUUCCGGAGAGAGUGUGAAAAGAUGUGUUGUCCGAGAAGAAGGGUGAUCGCUACGUCACUGUCAUGAGACAUCAAUCUGUGAAGCUUGCUGAACCAUGGUUCAACCACAACACACUACAUCACAUAUUGACAAUUGCACAAAAUUAUCAUCUUUAAAAAAAAUAGUUGAAACGUGUUUUUUUUAUUUUUGACGAAGUCUUUUACUGACUAGAGUGAUUUCUUUAAGUGGCAUGACUAUAUUUGUAAUCACCAAGGCUGUGCAGACAAAUUGAAUACCGCGUUAGCUGCACCGAUUGGUGUGUUAUAGGACCGACAACAUCCAAAAAUAGGUAUUCAAUGCUUAUAAUUAUAUUCAUAUUGAUGUUUAUUUGCAUUAAGUAUUUGUGUAUUAUCACUUUAAAGCCUUUAUAUACGCCCUUAGUAAGGGAUAUGAAACAUACACGGAACAGCAAUAUAAACAUGUUAUUUAGUUCGAUUCCGCGACAAAAAAUUUAGUGCCAGAAACUUUGUAGGGAAAAAUCCUUUGUUUAAAAACGAGUAGAUAUAUGAUUAAAUGAUUAUUUUUCCUCACAUUGGUAAUGUAAGGUUUCAUUUAAUCUUACAAUAAUAAAUGUGAUGGCGUUUAUACCUGUGGUCAUGGUGCAUGGAUAGGCUAAGAGUAUUAAUAUGGAAUUUGAACGUCGCAGAUUUCCAAUGCAAACAUAAGGGGAAAUAUACACUGAAUGUAAAUAUCUAAUGUUUAAGAUAUUUAAAUAAACAUGAUAGUGUGAUUAUAGUUUUCAGUAUACAAGUAUGUUGAUUAUUCUAGACACUUAAAAUGUGCGACCUGGGACUGGUUUGAUAGAUGGCAUUUAGUAACUGUAAAAUCGAUCAUGGAAUUGUGACUUUUUUGUUAUCAUUUGAGAACUACGAUCAUGAGACUCCAUAAUCAGUCGCCUGUAUUUGAUGAUUGAACUGAAGAACUCUUCCUGGAUUAAUGUAGUAAGCGGAUGAUCAGGGUUGUCAUUACUCCCAAAGGAAAUAGUUAAUGAUCCUUUUGUGUACUAAACCUCAAGAUGGAAUUUUAUCGAGAUAAUCUCAUACAUAAAAGACAAAUGUCCUAUAUACAUAGCCACUAUAUGCAAUGAAAUAAAAAGUAUCACAAGUUUAGAAAAGAAAAAUGAAGAUUAAUUAUUUUGAUGGUAAACCCGAGCUUACGAAGCUUGCCUGAAAACUUGUAAUUCGGUUUUGUGUGGUUCCAUUGUAGCUAGUCAAGGUCAGAUGAAAGGCCUUCAUGUCUUAUGUUACCACCAAACAUAGGGGCCGGGUCCCUCUGAAGUAUUGGAUAACCCUCGUAUUAAUUUCCCAAGAGUGACCAGGGUCCACAGAAUGACAAAUGUUCUAUAUAUCAUCGACUCUUAGUGCCCGCGGCCAACCCUGUCUGUCCCAGGGUGUUCAGGUAGGCUCUAUAUACGAAAUCUACCCUAACACAUUUUACAAGUCCAAUUCAUUGAAAUGAUGUGCUUUCUUUGUGUGAGCGUUUUGCAGUUAAUCUAAAGACAUUGCUCAACACAAAUUAAAUUUCCUCCUUCUGUAUUUCUAAAUGGCAUAUUAAUUAUAUAUAUUGAAAGAGCACAUAUCUUGCCAUGAUCAAAUUACUCUGAAAAACGAAUCAGUAUCGAUUAUGGAUGCUUUCCAUUUUGAUUAUUCACUGCCAUAAUGCAUGAACAUUUAAUUAUAGGAUAUCAAUUGAACAUACAACCAUCUUAGUUUGACAAAUACAACCCCAAAAUACAAUUGCCAGAUGUUUUAAAUUUCUACGAGAGAAUUUCCAAUAAUCCAUCUUGGUCAAUUCAGCUACGUUCUAUUGACUGUUUGAAUGGAAGUGGAAAUGUUAUAUCUUGUACUCGCUGUAAGAUUUAUUGGCCAUUAUUUGCCAGAAAGAUCCGUGACUGAUACUUGAUGAAAGUAAACCAUUUCACUUCCAAAAUCAUCUUACCUGCUUUACUGCAAGAUGUAACACAUGAUUUUAUAUGAACUAUGAGAAAUCUGACCACGAACACAAUCCAGAUAUUAUUACCAUUCUUGGGAUUUUAAUUGAUUAAGUACACUGAGAUGAAAUAAUGUCCAU